ACCCCACAUGCCCGGGACUCCAGGGGCCAACAUGGAUCUUCCCCGCGACACCAGCUGAGCCUAGAAGACUCAUCCUGGGGAGACCAUGGACAGGGACGGCCGCCGGGGUGGGUCUCCGGCGGGGACAGCUCCAGCCCGGGCGUCUCCAGUGAGGACAGCUCCAACCCGAGCAUCCCCGGCAAGGACAUCCCCAGCCCGGGUGUCUCCAGCGGGGACAUCCCCAGCCCGGGCAUCAUCUUCAAGGUCAUCAUCUACCAGGUCCUCAUCCACCAGGUCAGCCUCUGCGACCUCCUCCCCGACAAGAGUGUACCUUGUCAGAGCAACUCCAGUGGGGGCUGUCCCCACCCGGGCAUCUCCUGCCAGGACUGCGCCAGCCCCCAGGGCCAUCGAGGAGGGCACAGGUCUCAGCCUGCCCAAGUUCUCCUGGCGAGAGGGCCAGAUGCCGCUGCCACUCAUCGGCUGCAUCCUCCUCCUCAUCGCCCUGGUGGUGUCACUCAUCCUGCUCUUUCACUUCUGGCGGGGCCACACGGGGAUCAAGUACAAGGAGCCGGUGGAGAGCUGCCCCCGGCACGCCGUGCGCUGCAAUGGGGUGGUGGACUGCAAGCUGAAGAGUGAUGAGCUGGGCUGCGUGAGGUUUGACUGGGACAAGUCUCUGCUUAAAGUCUACUCUGGGUCCUCCCAUCAGUGGCUUCCCAUCUGCAGCGACAGCUGGAAUGAAUCCUACUCGGAGAAGACCUGCCAGCAGCUUGGCUUUCAGAGUGCUUUCCGGACAACCAGGGUGGUCCACAAGGAUUUUGCCAGCAGUUUCUCAGUCUCUGAAUACAACUCCUCCAUCCAGGAAAAUCUCUACAGGUCUGACUGCCCUUCCCAGCGCUAUGUCUCUCUGCAAUGUUCCCACUGUGGACUGAGAGCCAUGACCGGGCGGAUCGUGGGUGGGGCGCUGGCCGCAGAGAGCAAGUGGCCCUGGCAGGUCAGCCUGCACUACGGCGCCACCCACAUCUGUGGGGGCACGCUCAUCGACGCCCAGUGGGUGCUCACGGCUGCCCACUGCUUCUUCGUAACCCGGGAGAAAAUCCUGGAAGGCUGGAAGGUGUAUGCAGGCACCAACAACCUGCAGCAGCUGCCCGAGGCAGCCUCCAUCUCCCAGAUCAUCAUCAACGGCAACUACACCGAUGAGCAGGACGACUACGACAUCGCCCUCAUGCGGCUCUCCAAGCCUCUGACCCUGUCUGCUCACAUCCACCCAGUCUGCCUCCCCAUGCACGGACAGACCUUCAGCCUCAACGAGACCUGCUGGAUCACAGGCUUUGGCAAGACCAAGGAGACAGAUGAGAAGACAUCCCCCUUCCUGCGGGAGGUGCAGGUCAGCCUGAUCGACUUCCAGAAGUGCAACGGCUACCUGGUGUACGACAGCUACCUCACCCCGCGGAUGAUGUGUGCGGGCGACCUGCGUGGGGGCAGAGACUCCUGCCAGGGAGACAGUGGGGGGCCUCUUGUUUGUGAGCAGAACAACCGCUGGUACCUGACAGGCGUCACCAGCUGGGGCACGGGCUGUGGCCAGAGAAACAAGCCCGGCGUGUACACCAAAGUGACUGAGGUCCUCCCCUGGAUUUACAGCAAGAUGGAGAGUGAGGUGCGCUUCCGGAAAUCCUAGCCAGCUGUCCUGCCCCACCUCACAGCCCAGGUCGCUGCAAGGCCGACCGGCAUGGCCGGACCAUCUGUCAUACCUUCCAGCUACCGGCCACCGGGCACCUUCACUACUCCCACCUCCACUGUCUGCUGCCUCUGUGAGUGUGAGAGUGUGUGCAAGUGAGUGUGUGUGAGCGAGUGAGUGUGUUGCUGCUCUCCCAAGUUCUUCAGACAGCAGGAGAGCCGCCAUCUUUCCUGGAAACCCUGGACUGGAAAUCAUCUGGAGAUGAGCUUGGGGACCGUGGGCGUCCCCACAUGGGGACCCUUAGAUGAAUGGAGGAAGCAGAGCCCAGGCAGAGCCCUGGGCAGGGCCUGGGAGGUGAUACCAGGAAGUCUUGCUCCUCUGACCUUGGCUUGGAGGCCAGCCGGAGUGAGCAGAGCAGGAGGUGCUGUUGCUGGGUAUCAGGCCUGUUGGCACGCCAGCUUCCCUGUGCCGGACUGUCCUUAGCACAAGCUGUUCCCACUUGCUGAGCGUCACACCCUCACUCAGCCCACCGUCUGUGUCGCGGAUGUUGGCCGUGAACAGAGCUCACUGCGUGUGUUCAAUCAAAAGUUGGGGUGGAUCGGGGCGUGGUGGCGCCCGCCCUAUGGCAAAAGUUGGGGUGGAUUUUAAUUUUAUUUUUAUAUUCAAGAAAUGGAAACAUGUAUUUUUAAAGAUUCUCCAAAACUCCAGGAGCCUCGAGAGCACUCAGUCAAUCCCCUUAGAAGAAGACUCAAAGGAACUGGACCAUUUUAGGGUCCUACGGAAUGGGCCUGGCUUCAAGGGACUGGAUGAAGGGACUGGACAUGUUCCUGAGCGAGGCCAUCCCGUGAGAGGCACGGUGUCUGGAGUCCCUUUGAGAUACUCAGGGAAACAAAUCCUCAUUGGGCUGCAGGCAAAUCCACACGAAGAGAUCAUCAGCUGAUCCUGCAUCCAGCCAGGGCAGGAAAAGACGGAUGCUGUCCCUGUCUAGACCCCUGGGAGCCCUGGGGGUGGGGGUCCUGGUGGAUGGCGCUCCUCAGUCCCAGGGGCUGUCCGGGACUUGAGGGUUCUUAGUUUUCCCCGCCUUUCAGUUUCUCGGCUGUCCCAGACACAGGCAGUGGUGUGGAAACUGCCAUGGAGAGAAAGCGACCCCUGUCCCCAGGCCCU